AUGGCGGCACAGCAGUCUCCAACUGGGCCCAUCGGCCAUCCACAUCACUACGGCGCUCCAACGCGUCCCGGUCCUCCACCGCCGAACGGUCCGAUGCCAAUGCAACAGCCUCCUCAGGCCAAAACCGCGGCGCAGUAUCUCGCCUCGACCAACGAGCAGGUGUGGCUGCAAUUGGGAAACCUGUCCGAGGUCAUGGGCGAGCUCGAAGGUGCGACGGCAGCAUACGAACGCGCCAUGAACUUCAAUCAAUGGUCGGUGCCCGCCAUGCUGGCCAUCUCCUGCAUACUGCGCUCGAAAGAUCAGUUCACUGCCGCGGUUGACUAUCUGCGACAAAUCCUGAAAGUCGAGCCAACGAAUGGAGAGGUCUGGAGUAGCCUGGGUCACUGCUAUUUGAUGAUGGACGAUCUGCAGCAGGCGUACUCUGCCUAUCAACAGGCACUGUACCACCUGCCAGAUCCGAAAGAGCCGAAGUUGUGGUACGGCAUUGGGAUACUGUACGAUCGGUAUGGCUCGUUGGAGCACGCCGAGGAGGCAUUUUCCGAAGUCAUGCGCAUGGAGCCAAACUUCGAAAAGGCCAACGAGAUAUACUUCCGCCUUGGUAUAAUAUACAAGCAGCAGCAGAAGUUCUCACAAAGCUUGGAGUGCUUCCGCUACAUCGUCAACGAUCCACCACGACCUCUCAGCGAGGAGGACAUUUGGUUCCAAAUCGGCCACGUGCACGAGCAACAGAAAGAUUACGACUCUGCCAAAGCCGCAUACACUCGGGUGCUCGAGCGCGAUCCGACCCACGCAAAGGUACUGCAACAGCUUGGUUGGCUCCACCACCAGCAGAGCACGAGCUUUAGUAGUCAAGAGCAGGCGAUUGAGUAUCUGGAGAAAUCCGUCAACUCCGAUCAAACCGACGCGCAGAGCUGGUACCUGCUUGGACGAUGCUACAUGUCACAGCAAAAGUACCCCAAAGCGUACGAGGCUUACCAGCAAGCCGUCUACCGUGACGGUCGCAACCCGACGUUCUGGUGCUCCAUCGGUGUGCUCUACUACCAAAUCAAUCAAUACCGGGAUGCACUAGACGCCUACUCCCGUGCUAUUCGGUUGAACCCAAACAUCUCCGAGGUCUGGUACGACUUGGGCACGCUUUACGAAUCGUGCAACAAUCAGACCAGCGACGCCUUGGAUGCGUAUGGCAGGGCGCACGACCUGGAUCCUUCCAAUACUCACAUCCAAGCACGUCUGGCUCUGCUCAAGGGCCAGCCAACGACUGGUCUACCCAAUCAAGGCAACGCUCCGCUUCCACAAGACGUUCACCCACAGGCCUAUCAGCCAGGCGCUCUCGGUGGCGGUCCUCCUGGUCCACAGUGGGGUGCUCAUUCGCAGAAUCCACCUCCACCUGGACCUCCUGGACCUCCUCUUGCGCCAAGUAACAACUGGGGCGGCAGCAGGCUGGCUGAGCUUCAAAAUCCUCAGAUGCAGCCUCAGCCGAUGAAUCCGUACGAGCAGCGCGAUCGUCUUCCGCCUCAGCAGCAACAGCAGCAAGGCCCACCAUCUCAGUCUCAACAGCCUCCGCCAAGGCAGCAGAGCCCACCACCGCCGCGCCCGUACCAGGACCAGCAGCCUCAACGUCCACCUCCACCGUCACACAGAGGACUAUCUCCAUCUCCCAAAGGGCAUCACGCUGCGCCGGCGCCUUUCCAGCACCCGUCGCAGCAACCGCAACCUCCUCAUCAAGGUCCUCCACAACAACAGCAGGAAGCACAGCGACCAAUGUUCAGCUCGCAGCCGUCCAACGGCCCACCACCACCUCAACCUUCAAACGGCAUGACUACUCCAGGAGCUCAGGGAGCGCCCCCAAUGUUCGGUCGUCCUCAGGAAGGUCCGCCCGAGAUACGACCUCUCGUUGGCGCGAACCCGACUUCAUCGCCAAGCGCUGGACAGUACUCUCGUGCUCCAUACGAACACCAUCCGAACUCAGCAGCACCAAGCAUCGCAAGCGGCGCACCGCCGCCAACUUCAGCUCAAACGGCGGCCGAUGCAGCUGCUCGCGAGCGGGAAGAGAGGCCGUCCAGUGCCGCGCCAAAGCGAAUGCGCGAAUGGGAGGACGAGUCGAGCAUGGGUUCGGCCAAAAAGGCAUCGACAGACGAGAGCCGAUCGAGGCUGGAUGACAUCAAAAUGCACCGUCCUUCUCCGCCGGAGAAGAUGGCCACUCCACCGAUUCGGAGCCCGUCUGAAAUGAGACGCGUGGAAGAGCCGCCGAGGCCUUCUUCAGCCUACCACCCAUCCGAGGCUGCCCAUCACCCACCUUCUCUUCCAUCCAUGCAGAGCAUCACCCAGCGAUCGCCGCGCAUGUCUGCUCCACCCCAAGAGGAGCAGCGUGCCACCGCACCUCCACCACCACCACCACCACCACCACCCGCGCAGCCUCAACAGCAGCCACCAGCCCAGCAGACUCCGCAGCCAGCUCAAUCAGCUCCAGUCUACGAACCGGCAGCCCGUAAAAUGGAAGUCGACGAGAAUUACGAUGAUAGUGGUGAUGAUGAGAAGCGAUCGACAACCAAGCAGGAGAGCCGGAAGAACAGCCCAAAGCCGGUCAACGGAACUGGGUCGGCCAAUGCUACACCUGCCGCUAACGGCAGCGCAGAGCAGGCGACCUAA